CCACUACUCUUUCAUGUCUCCCCUAUAUUUUAUUUGUCUUACUCUUACAUAUCAUUCCAUUCUUGACAAAAGAGCUUUUUGUUCCUUUUUUUCUUCAUCUCCAAUCAUUUCUGGUCUUUUUCCUUCAUUGCUCUCGUAAACCAAACCUUUUUUGUUCAUUUUGACAUUAUCGUCCAAGUGUCUGGGAUUCGAGCAUGUCAACAAGAUUCAAGGGAAUUUAUCAGAAGAGCUUCAAGUGUUUCUCCGACAUUUCGGAUGAGAAGGAUGAAGAGAUGGAUAUAGGUUAUCCUACAGAUGUUCGACACGUGUCACAUAUCGGUUGGGAUAGUUCAUCGAGUAGUGCACCGAGUUGGCUACGUGAAUUCAAGACGAGCAACAACGUUUUAGAGCCAAAUUCAUCGUGGCCGUUUACAGAUUUGAAAUCAGCCAUGGAAGCAUUUGGAGAAGUUGAAAGCAGCAAAGAAUUGGGGAAAGAAUCAAAGAAACAAUACCUGAAGAAGAAGCUCUCUUCAAAAGCCUCUAAAUUGUGUGAUCCAUGGUCACCAAGAUUCUUAAGAUCAAGCAAGGUCAUUGCUUGAUUAUUUUAACUUUAUAGUUCAUUGCCGUUGUUUAAUUAAUAAUGUAGAGAAUAUAGUGAGAUAUCAAUGUUGUUGUUUCAUUCGAGAUAUCUAUCUUCAGAAGUGUGUACAUAUUAAUAUUGAGAGUGUCUUUGCAAUGAUAUUCGAAUUGUGUUACCAA